AUGGGUUCUCUGAACUAUGGUGCAUUCAAGCUUAUAUUCUACGCCUUUCUUCUUACAUCCAUCCAUAUUGCAACUGCAUUGCAGCAUCAAACCCCUAAAUCUAACUCCACCCAGAUCAAUUCCAAUUCAGUUCUUGUUGCGCUUCUCGAUUCUCACUACACUGAGCUAUCGGAACUCGUUGAGAAAGCUCUUCUACUACAGACCCUUGAAGAAGCGGUUUCGCGUCACAAUAUCACCAUUUUUGCGCCCAACAACGAAGCUCUUGAAAGGCAGAUGGAUCCAGAGUUCAAGCGCUUUUUACUUGAGCCUGGCAAUCUCAAAUCGCUACAGAAUCUGUUGCUUUUUCAUAUCAUUCCGUCUCGGGUCGGGUCAAAAGAGUGGCCAGGCGAGGACGUUGGAUCGGUAGUAGCUCCGCAUAAAACUCUUUGUGUCGACGAAGCUGACAACCAUUUGCCGUUGACUCGCGGAAAUUCCGGCGAGAAGAUAGUAGGUGGUCUAGCCAGAGUGACCCGUCCCGAUGAUGUUAUUCGACCCGAUGGAUUGAUUCACGGGAUCGAGCGAUUGUUGGUGCCUCGAUCAGUGCAAGAAGAUUUUAACCGGAGAAGGAGUUUGACUUCCAUUUCUGCUGUUUUACCGGAAGGUGCUCCGGUUGUGGAUCCGAGAACCCAUCGAUUGAAAAAACCGGCUAGUCCGGUUCCUGCAGGUGCUCCACCGGUUCUCCCUAUUUACGACGCAAUGGCGCCUGGCCCUUCCCUAGCUCCGGCUCCAGCCCCGGGACCCGGUGGGCCACGCCACCACUUCGACGGCGAGAGCCAGGUGAAAGAUUUCAUCCAAACCCUUGUACAUUACGGAGGAUAUAACGAAUUAGCAGACAUUUUAGUCAAUUUGACGUCGUUAGCGACGGAGAUGGGAAGGUUAGUGUCGGAAGGUUAUGUUCUAACAGUGUUGGCACCGAACGAUGAAGCCAUGGCUAAAUUGACCACCGACCAGCUGAGUGAUCCAGGUGCACCGGAGCAGAUAAUGUACUAUCAUCUGAUACCGGAGUAUCAAACCGAAGAAAGUAUGUAUAAUUCCGUAAGGCGGUUCGGAAAGGUUCAGUACGAUACUUUGCGGUUGCCGCAUAAAGUGGUGGCGGAGGAGGCCGAUGGGUCGGUUAAAUUCGGGCAAGGUGAGGGAUCGGCGUAUUUGUUUGAUCCAGAUAUUUACACCGAUGGAAGGAUAUCCGUUCAGGGUAUUGAUGGGGUGUUGAUGCCGGUGGAAGAAACGACGGAAAAACCGGCGAGCAAGGUUGCCAUGACUAAGGCGGCACCUAAGCAAAGGAGAGGGAGGUUAAUGGAGGUGGCAUGUUCGAUUGCUGGAGCAUUGGGACAAGAUUCUCGAUUUAAAACCUGUUAUUGAUGAUAUAUAUAUAUAUAUAUAUAUA